AUGGCUUUAGAAACGGUUCCCAAAGACCUCCGACACUUGCGGGCCUGUUUACUCUGUUCCUUAGUCAAGACUAUAGACCAAUUUGAGUACGAUGGUUGUGACAACUGCGAAUCUUAUCUUCAAAUGAAGGGAAACCGAGAGAUGGUUUACGAGUGCACCAGUUCAUCAUUUGACGGUGUAAUUGCCAUGAUGAGUCCUGAAGAUAGCUGGGUAGCCAAAUGGCAGAGGAUAGGUAACUUCAAACCUGGUGUAUAUGCUGUGUCAGUAACAGGAAGGCUACCACCAGGUGUGGUAAGGGAGCUGAAGAGUCGAGGAGUAAUCUACAAAUCCAGAGAAACAGCAGUGAAGUCAUAG